UGAUAGAAUGAGAAGAAUUAUCUAGAUCUGGCCAAUCAGGUAUAAAUAACCCAGUGGGCGCGUGGCGUGUCAGUUUGAAUUUGAAAAGUCGCGAUUUACUUCGAGUGGAAUAUUCCUACUUUUUAUUAGUGAAUUGUGAAGUGUUUCAUUGACAACGUGUUUUUGAAAUGUCGUUAUUACCUUAUUUUUUCGAUGACCAUUGGACGAGACCCGAUUGGAGAAGAAAUCGGGAUUUAUUCGACGUCGAUUUCUUCCAACCCACAAUUCCACGCUCUUUAAUAAGAUUUCCAGACUAUUUUAGAAACUUAGAGGCAGCCCUUCAAGAUACUGGAUCUUCUGUAAAGUACGACAAGGAUAAAUUCUACGCUAAUUUUGAUGUGCAGCAUUUCAAACCAAAUGAAAUAUCGGUGAAAGUUACUGGAGAUCGAACAGUGACGGUGGAAGGAAAACAUGAAGAGAAACAAGACGAGCAUGGGCACAUCUACAGACAUUUUGUGAGAAAAUAUGUCGUUCCCGAAAACUGCGACAUGGAAAGAUUGGAAUCUAAGUUAUCGACGGAUGGUGUUCUUACAGUCAGUGUUCCCAGAACAGGUGAAAAGAUAGAUCAAACCAAAGAAAUUCCCAUUAGUCGAACGGGUAAACCGGCAAAAUCUUUGGAAGACAAAAAAUCUAAAUUAUGAAUUGUGAAAUUUCGAAUUUCUGAAUUGUAAAAUUUCAAAGAUUUGAAUUGUACUUGGAAAUUUAGAAGACUGGUUAAUUGUGAUUUUGUUGUUGAAUAAAAUUAUAUCUUGAAAU